AGAGCUGAUGGGGACCUCUGGAACAUCUUGCCGUCUUCGUCUCGGUGCAUUGAUGACUGACGGCUGAUGACUCAGAAAUACAUCAACAAUCCGCCUGCAGGAGCCUCCCCUGUAGUUGUCUCUGCUGCUACCCUACCUCCACAACUGGAGAGCAGCUGCAGCACCGAUGGAGAAGAAGCAAGGAUCUGCUCAUCAGUAUGGAUCACUGGAGCAUACCGCGUGGAGCAGAGACGGCAAAAAAACAGAGGAUGACGUGGUGUCCAUGGCAGACUCCACCAUCACUGUGGAUGACAUCGAGGGGGAGCUCUUCAAGAUUGAGAGGAUCAGGGACAUCCUUGUCAGGAGGGAGUCAGAGCUCAGAUACAUGAUGGAUGACAUUCAGCUGUGCAAAGAGAUCACUCGGCUGAAGAGGGAGCUGCACAAACUAGUGUCUAUACCAGAUAAGGACAAGUCCAAUGAAGAUCGACAGAAGGAAGAAGAGCUGCUGCACCAGAUUCACAAACUGGUGGAAACCAGAGAUUUCUUAGUGGAUGAUGUUGAGUUUGAACGUCUCAGGGAAAAAGAAGAAGAUAAAGAAAUGGCAGAAUUUUUGAAGUCCAGCUUGCCAAGAAAUAUGAAGAAAGCAGGUGCAUCAUCAAGAAGAGUACCAGCCAGGGCUCAACAGACUUCAUCGCCUUUCACCAAGACAGGUCUCACCCUCCUAAAGGAGUGUUGUGGUUUUACGUGCUCCAUCAUGUAGACAAGAGCCGAAAACAAAGACUCCCAGAGCAAGGUGACCAUUCCAAGGGAGAUGAAUAACCAAGUUCACCUAUUUAGUCUGAGAAAGAGAUGCAAAGAGACAUUGAUGGAGUUCUGCACAUCAGUGGAAAAUAUUGUGUUGCAAAAAUGAUUUGGUGUGAAUCAGAAUAUUCAUUUUGUUUUGCCCCUGCUUUGUUUCUGCUUCUCAUCCCAGCCAACCCUGCUGUUACUACUUUCUUUUACACCCAACACUAAAGGCUCCGAACAGCCGAGCACAACUCAUGCCAGCAUAUUGUUAAUGCACAUUAUUAGAUUCAAGUGUCACGACGUACCCACAGGUUGUAUAUUUAAAGUGUACGUGCAUCUCCGAUAAUUGUCAUCUCCUUUUCAAAAAGUUAAAAUUUUUCAGUGAACAGGCCAGUCUAGAAACGGCUAGAACUUUAUAAUUAGUGGUAGGGGGAUAAUACUAAGAAAACGAAUCGACCAGUCUGUCAGCAUAAAGCUGUGUGCGAUUUGGCUCCAGACAAAUAUGGGCAUUUAUAAAAGAGGAUCCACUUUUCCUUUAACAGAGGUUCCACCCUUUUUAAUUAGCUUUAAAAUGCAGAUAUUUACAUAAACAUAACCUUUUUUCCUGUUUUAGAUCUUUUAAGAUUAUCAAAAUGAUUUAUUUUUACUAAAUGCCAGAAUAGUGACAGACAGAAAAGUUUUUGAGUUUUCUUACUUUGUUGUGAAAAACGUUGAAACUUUAUGACUUGGAGUCAUAAAAGUCGAACAGAUGGAAUUUAGGCUCACUCCUCCUGACACAUAAGCUGUUCCUGAGUCAGGUUUGUAGGCCUCUCACUCACACCUUUAUAGCUCUCUGCACAAAUUAGUUUUGUAACUAACAUCAGGGCUUUUUGUCUGCCACUACAACUCCAAGAUGCAUUGUUGUCAUUAGGGCAGUUUGUAACUGAUUGGAAGAUAUGCUUCGGGUCAUUGAACAUUUGGAAGUCCCAUUUGUGAUUUAAGUUUCCUGCUAACGUCCCAGCUGAGGUCUUCAGGUGUUGCUUAGGAAACACUAAAUCUUCUUUCCACGUGAUGACAUCCACAGUAUUUUGUGAAGAGCACAUGUCCCUUCUACAGCAAAUUAUCCCUACAAAAUGCUGCUGCCACCCCCGUACUUCACAGUAUGGUGUUCUCAGGUUUGCAAGCCUACCCUGUAUUCCUUCCAUUUUUAACGACGGUCAUUGUGUUCGAACAAUUGGUUUCUCUGUCCCUGAGUGCAUUGGCAAACUCUAAUCUGACAUUUUAUGUUGCUGUUGGAGUAAUGGCUUCUUUCUCAUUGUGUGGCUUGUCAGUCCAUGUUGGUGCAGGACUCGUUACGCUGUGAAUAAUGUAACAUUAUCUUGAAGCACAUGGGCGGAUGCUUCAGCCAGCAUUUUCAGAAGAUUUUUUGUUGAUACAUUUUGCAUCACAAACACCUUCAUCCCUCGGACACAGAACCCGUUUCCUUGCUAUGAUAAUUGCUAUGAUAAAGCUAUUUGAACAGAUGAACAUGGCUCCUUCAGGCAUAAAGAAACUGUACCCAAAAAUGAACCAGACUUAUGGAGGUCCACAAUUCCCUUCUUGAUAUGAGCAGAGGAGAUAUCACAAAGCCAUGACAUCAUCAUGCAAACAUCAUACAAAGUGAUCUUAGUAUAUAUUAAAGUCUGACUUUUAAAAAAGUAACAAGAAUUGCUAAAAAGAAAAAAAUCAAAUAUGUAUAUCUA